AUCAGGGAUCCGAACGGGGCUCGGCUCGCCGCUUCGCAGUCUCCUGCUCACCCAGCGUAGGCGCAACAUCCCACGGAUACCAGCCUUCGACAGUGCACCGGGAUUCGCAGCGCUCCCUGCUGCCUCAACAAUCUAACCAGGGCUCGCUUGGACACGGGCUAGAGCUCCACCGAACCUCCGCUAAACCCACAGCACAGCCCUCGACCGUGCCAUUUCUCCAGAAAUCACUUAUAGCCACAUUCAGACAGCACUUAGAGGCGAUUUCUCCGUCCGUAAAUAGUUAUAUAUAUAUUGACGACAUUCUUUGAUUAUAACUUUUAAAGAAAUUAAGUGGAUCUUUGAACGAAGAUAUCUGUCAGCCUAUAGCAAAACAACCUGGAAAACUUGUCGUUUCUUUUUGUAACUUUUUUUAAUGGGGGAAAAUUCUGAAACAUUUAUUUAAACAUUCGUCUGCAGUUGAGGGAACACAUACUUUUGCCUGGAUUUUAGGUUCUGAAGUUUCUUCAUGAUGACUCCGGUCUGCUUCCUGCGUUCGCUUCUCGUCCUGAUCUUGGCUCUGUUGUCGGCCAAUGCUAGUAACUGGCUGUAUCUGGCCAAGCUGUCAUCCAUCGCCAGUAUUCAGGACGAGGAAACGUGCGAGAAGUUGAAAGGCUUGAUAAACCGACAGAUCCAGAUCUGUAAGCGGAAUGUGGAGGUGAUGGACUCGGUGCGGAGAGGUGCCGAGCUGGCGAUCGAGGAGUGUCAGCACCAGUUCAGGAACCGCCGCUGGAACUGCUCCACCGUCGAUACGCUGCCUGUUUUCGGCAAAGUGGUCACACAAGGAACAAGAGAAGCAGCCUUUGUGUAUGCAAUCUCAUCUGCUGGAGUGGCCUUUGCAGUUACCCGUGCCUGUAGUAGUGGAGAGCUGGAAAAGUGUGGAUGUGAUCGCACAGUCCACGGAGUGAGCCCAGAUGGUUUCCAGUGGUCAGGCUGUUCAGAUAACAUAGCCUAUGGCGUUGCCUUUUCCCAGUCAUUUGUGGAUGUAAGAGAAAGAAGCAAAGGUGCUUCUUCAAGCAGACCACUAAUGAAUCUCCACAACAACGAGGCCGGAAGGAAGGCCAUUUUGAACAACAUGAGGGUGGAAUGUAAAUGCCAUGGAGUUUCUGGAUCAUGUGAAGUGAAGACUUGCUGGAAAGCCAUGCCUCCAUUUAGGAAAGUAGGCAAUGUGCUGAAGGAGAAAUUUGAUGGAGCAACUGAAGUUGAACAGAGGAAAAUUGGAUCCACAAGAGUCUUAGUGCCCAAAAAUUCUCAGUUUAAGCCACACACAGAUGAGGACCUUGUGUACCUUGAUUCAAGUCCGGAUUUCUGUGAUCAUGACAUUAAGAAUGGGGUCCUUGGAACCUCUGGGCGUCAGUGCAAUAAGACGUCCAAGGCAAUUGAUGGCUGCGAACUCAUGUGUUGUGGUCGUAGCUUCAAUACAGAGGAGGUGGAGAUCGUGGAAAGGUGCAGUUGUAAAUUCCACUGGUGUUGUUUCGUCAAGUGCAAGCAGUGCCGCAAAGUGGUGGAGAUGCACACGUGUCGGUGAUGAGGCCUGUCCCAGGUCAGCCAGGCAAAUCCAGGUCGAUGCCCGUCAACACGGGGACUAAAACACUACAGCGAUUCCAAGAAGACAAAUAGAGAGAAAACAUUAUUUAAAAAGUCCCAAAGGAUCCUUGUUUUAUUAUUUUUAUUUAUUGCUGACUAACAAAGAUCUGGAGGUACUUCUCCAUCAACUGUUAUUACUCCGGUUGAACAUACCUCUCUGUUACUGAUGCUGCUUAAGUGGAACAAGGGGGCAGAAGAUGGUCUGGUUUGACAUUGGUAUAUUACACAGACCUUUUCUGGCAUUGAUACCUCUUCAGCUGUACAGUGCUCUCCUUAAGGGCAUAUCUGGUCUAGAAUUCAAAUCAAUACCUCUCCAAAUCUCCAUUACAACCUUCUGUUCUCUGAUCACCCUUACCUACAGCUGCCAGCAGUCCCUACUGAUGAUCAUCCAGCCUAACCUAGCUUGAGCUGAAACCCUUCCAUUUUUCAAACUUCCUCUUGAUUGUCAACCGAUAAACAAAGACAUCUCUCACAGAGCUCCAGUGGUCUCCGGAUAACUCAGAAUAUCAAUACCUCCAAAUCGUAUACAUUCCAACUCUACGUCAAUGCAAGCUUUUAUAUGGUCCCUAAGGUUUGCAGUGACUGGCAUAUCAUGACUUCCCCCACAAUAUGAGUGCGCGUGUGUGUGAUUUUUUUUCUUGUAACAGAGAAGACAACACUAUCCCGUCAUUAAAUAAUUUAGAUGGUACCAAUUGUAACAUAAUGUAUAGGGUUUGUUGAAACAGUAAAAGACCAAAUACAGAGAAAAUACCCUUUAUGGGCUGAAUAUGCACGCUGGACAGACUAACAGAAUGUAUUAAAACAGUGUUCUGAAUAUUUCAGUUACAAAGAGACUACAUCAAGAAGAAAUGAAUCCUAGAAGAUUCUGUCUGAAAUACUGCUUCAAGUAUAAUGUAAUGCACAGUACAGUUUAGCCUGUACAAUUGAUCCUAGUGUUCAUGUAAUUUUGAUCAUGUUAUCUGGACAGAAAUUUGUGCUACAGAUGUAAAAGAUCUAGAAUCCUAACUUGAUUUUUUGCAGUUGUUCUUGUGCUGGAGUUAUAUUCUUCUUUCAUUUGUAUAUACAUGCACAUCACUACAGACCAGGCAUAGACUAACAUCCAAAGGGACUCAAUGAUGCCAGGAAUUAGUUUAAAUUUAGUCCAGAUUAACUGCUGAUUGUAAUUUGCCAGAUGAGUUUGGGUGUUGCCAACGGAGCUGCUGGUGGGCAUAGCCCUUCGAACAAACUGUCCUCACUUGGCACAUGAUGUGAAUACAACAGAUGACUAAUUGGAGACACAAAAAAAAACCCUAGAGCUUGAUGCUGAUGCACAAUAAUGAAAAUGGAAAGGUUUUCCAUUUCUCAUCUAUAAUAUACCUGUUGUGGAAGACUGCACAAUUUGUGGCACGGGCUGAAAAAAAAAUCAAAGUGCUGAGUUUGAUGCUGCUAAUGUUGAACUGUACUUCUCCACCCCGCCCCCCCCCCAAGAUUCCAGUAGAAUAUUUUAUCACACACACACUGCUCUAUAAUGUUAAUCAUAUAUUUGCUCACCUCAUAAUUCAACUGUUUUCCCCACAAUAAGAGGAAAUUGGUCCUUAGGGAGAGAUGUAAUUUUGUAUGUGAUCAUUAAAUGAACAGGCACCUUUCAUUUAACAGCAUGGAACAAGAACUAAUCAAUCCAUACAAAUACAAAAGUCUGACUAUUAUAUAUAAAAUACUUCAUUUGCCAAUUGUGGUUUAACACCUGUGGAAGUUGGAUUCAAAUUUGAUGGCAGGAUCUCUUGUGACUGAGAUUAGAACACAGGAACAGCUGCAGCAGGUAUUGUACAAGCUGAUUACCUCCUGCGUCUUCUAAGGAAAGUGAGCUAGUUCUGCUUGAGGGUGCCUCCAUUAAAGUUUUCACAGUUGUGAAGGGCACUGAUAACUUUCUCAGUGAUCAAAAAGUUGAUGCUGCAGAUUAUUCACAAGAGUACAUAACUUUGUUACAGUACAAAUAUAGGAGAAACAAGUUUAAAUUUAGAAACUUGGUGGUAAGAAGGAAUGUCAAGUGGAACUGCUUCACUAAAAGACUAUUAAAAGCUGUAGAAUAAAUUACCAUGAAUGGCAACUGGAAUGGGGUGGUAUAAAUAAUUUUGAAGGCAAUUAGAUGUGCUUGGGGUUUGCUGAACCCAAAUGCCUUCUUUCUGUUUCUAACAAUGCUUUGCUCCCUUGUCCCCAACUGGUAUACAGGUAAUUGUUCCUCUUCUGCCUGCCCUCUCUUUUUUGUGAAGGGUAAUUCCCGCAUUCUAGGUCCUCUUCAUCUUGCUCGAGUGAUCACUUACAGGAUUAACUUGUGUUCUGACCCACCGCAAAAGAACACCAGUGCUGUUGUUUUAGCAGACUGAUAUGAGUCAUUGUGGCCUUAUGAAACCACAUGACAAAGAUAUCUUACACGGUACCAACUUGUUUCACAAGAAGGCUUUUGCUAACAUAGCAUACUAUGCCUCCGCCAUCAAAGAAGGAAAAAUAUUUAAAUGAUGACAGUUGGUGUCAAAUGGACACUAAUUUUGCCUUACGGGAAUACGGAAAAGGUCAAAAAUCAGUCUGAGUUCUUCCUCCUACUUGCUUUCCAGUUGAACACAAGGAAGGCACCCAAGUAGGCACAGGUUCAGGCUGCAGUGCAAUGCAUUACUAAAACACCUACAUAUGUUGCUGGGCAAGUUCAUUAAUAAAAUGACAAGUUAAGCCAGAUACCAAAGAUAAGUAGGAGCCAUGAUAUGUUACUGAAAAAUAAAUCAGCAUCUCCAGAAGUGGCAAGGAGACUAAGAAAACACAUUUUCACGUGGAUCCACAACUGUCAUCCAAGCUCAAUUCUUCUGACAACAUAUUUUGUUAGAUUCUGUACAGAAUAUAAGGAGAAGGGAUGUAUAGGAAUGGAGGGGAAACAGGAAGGUGACAGUUGUCAAAUGGUGUUUGUUGAAAACCUACAGCAAUAUCAAUUUUAAUGGGAAGAAAAGUAGCCAUUUUCCAGUCUAAAAUUGGAGCCUGGAAGGGAGCAGUCUCCAUUAGGAGGCUAGAGUAAAAAAAUAACUGAAUGGAAAAUGUAGUAGCAAUAGUUCUGUUCUGAUAUGAAUAGACCAAUGAAACACUGGAAAAAAAGUUGAAAAUAGAUUUGUAUAGGCAUGCCAGUGUAAUCUAAAUAAUGUAAAAAUCCUAAUAUAUUUGUUUAGACAGAUUCUAUGUGAUUUUCAGUCUACAGCAUUCUUAUUACAGAAUUAAUAAAUGUGAUAUUUGCACUCCCUUAUGAAAUCAGCCUUAUUCAGAUGCAUCUUAUGUUAUACAUGGUGAAUAUUACCAGCUCCUGGUAUUAUGAGGUCCCAGUGCCGAGCAAAAAUAAAGCACUAAUUGCAUUUAUGUUGGCAAGCAAAUAUUUCAUUAUCAGGUAUGUUACUUCCUUGUAUCAUUCAAAUAAAAUUAG